AGUUUGGAGGAACAGAGAAAAGAUUGUUUGAUUCCUUGGGUGUGGUAAAUGCAGAGGUGGAAAAAGGUGACCCUAAGGGUACCCACCAACCCUCUUUAGUUCAAACAAAUGAACUAGUUUUCUAAAGAUGAUGUGAUUUUAAAAUUUUAGUUCAUUUGGUUGAAUUAAGUAGGGUUAGAGGGUAUCCUCAGGGUAUCCGUUUGCACCUCUAGGUAAAUGUCCUUUUUUUCAUCGUAUUGGUAAGUUCUUUGGGAUUAGAAAGAUACACUAAGUUGGUACUCCCUCCGUUCCAAAACACAACUCAUAGAUUUUUCUCAUUUGUUCCACAACACACCUCAUUUUUCUCUUGAAAUCCGCACCCAGCCAAUAACUACUCACAUCCAUUUACUAUUAAUCCAAUAUGAGUGGUUAGGCACUAGAAACGAGAGCUGUCUUGGUCUAAGUGCACAAAUUUAUAUGAGUUGUGUUUUGGAACGGAGGGAGUAAGAUACUAAUAGCAUGGUUCAAAGGGCUUGUUCUUCUGAACUGUAGAGGGCAGAUCCAUUCGUGAAUUUUGAUUGGAUAAAUUACGUAAUGGCUCUCUUUUCUCUUUGUUAGCAGCAACGGCUCAAGGGCCAUUUGUUCCAUCCCUCAACUGACUUGCUGUUAUCAUCAUGGUGUAUGAUGUGAUCAGAUACCUAAGGUGAGGGGCAAGUUGAGCAUGACAACUGAAGUAGACUCCACGUUGUGAGACCUCUUUUUCCACAGAUGCACAGAAGAUCUGUGUAAAUAAGGAACUAACUUUCUGGGAUAAGGUUGCGGACACCCAGUGCUCCGGCUCUGCUCCAGGAGUGUGCCUCAUCCUGGGUGAUCUAGACCAGACAGGGGACUGAGGGUUGCUCCCCAUUGAAGAUGCAGGCAUUCCAGUGUUUCCAGGGCCACCACACAGUGAGCAUGGUAAGGGAAGCAAAGCCCUCCUUACGAUGUUGCUGGAUGUCCCAUGGAACCAGGACUACACUGAUGCUUCUUCCAAACAGAAUAUACAAAUGAGUAGUCUUCCUUCUACUAAGGGUGCAAGUUUCUCAAUCUACAUGUAUUAAUAGAGGUCCAUAGUCACCUAUAAAUUGUUGAUAUAACUACUCAAAGAUUUCCCAACUUCUUUGACUUGGCAUAAAAAAGGCAUCCAAUGAAUAGAUAUCAGGUGGCAGGGAAAGACACUUGGAUUCAAAAUAAUGCCUUGGUUUAUGUUAUCAUUUUUUUUGCGGAUGGUUUAUGUUACCAUUUGACUGCAUUUUUUUAAAAUCAUUGUUAAUGUCUAGACCAUCCAGGCCCAAUCAUGUGAAUACGACAUUUCCUUAAAGUCAUCCUUCAGCUGCUGCACCUUUGAACCAUGGGCCAGUAAGACAACGACAUAUCAUUGACAAGUCGUAAGAUGCUUGUAUGGACUAUAUCAGUACACCCCUCUUCCCCCUGACUCUGCACACGGAGUUGGUGAGGCGCCUCUGCAGAAUGUGAUGCCCCCUCGACAACUAAUGCAAACCUAGCCUGUUUCCCUAGUUGGGAAGAAUUGAAGUUAUGUUCAGAUCGAGCUCAUGAUCAAAGGCUCAAACAUGGUUGCAUCAACUCCAAACUUGGUCAGUUUAUUCCACACUCAUAUCUCCGUGAUUGGAUCAGCUGUUUUGAGAGUAAGUUGAGUGGAACAUCUAAUUUGAGAGGGUUUUUUCAGUUUGGGUACAGCAACUUCAAAAGCUUAGUCUUGUUCGUAGAAUAACUUCUUUGCCUCAUAUUCCCUGUGCCCCAUCACAUAUAUUGCCCAGCCCCACUCAAGCAGACAACAGCCGAAGCUUUUGUCCUCCUGUUAGUCCAGAGAUGGAGGACGCCGUGGUUAGUGCCGGUGGGGGUGCCAUCAAUGUACUGUUAUGCAAGCUGGGCACGGUGCUCAUCCAAGAAGCACAGCUCCUUGGGGGCAUCCGUGGUGAGCUGCAAUAUAUGAAGGAUGAGCUGGAGAGCAUGACAGCGUUUCUCCAGGACCUUGCCGAGAGGGAGAAUCACAGGAAGCAGCUUAAGAUUUGGAUGAAACAGGUGCGGGAGGUUGCCUACGAUGUUGAGGACUGUGUUGAUGAGUUUACUCAUCACCUUGGCAGCAGCACAAGUGGUUCUGGCCUUCCUGAGUUCGUACACCGAUGCAUCCGUUUCAUACAAACUGCCAGGGUGCGGCGUCAGAUUGCCAAACAAAUCCAAGAACUGAAAGUGCGUGCUACAAGUAUCAGUGACCGAAACUCAAGGUAUGGUGGUAAUCAUAUAAUUUCUGAAGGAAACACAUUUGCUGCACAACCUGCACUGUCGACUGUUAUUUCUUUGGAUGUUCGUACUCCAGCGCUCUUCCCAGAGAUAACAAAACUUGUGGGCAUUGAAGCGCGUCAGAAAAAUCUUGUUAAUUGGUUGGUGGAUGAAAGUGUAGAACAAUUACUGGUAAUAUCUAUAUCUGGCUUUGGUGGUUUGGGCAAGACAACUCUUGCUAUGACAACAUAUCAAACAGCAAGUGCAAGCUUCCAAUGUCGAGCUUUUGUAACUGUAUCCCAGAAAUUUGAUGUCAGGACUCUCAUAAAGGACAUUCUUCGACAAAUUGUUCAACCAGUAGAUCAAAAUGAUCCAGCACCUGCAGAGGACCCACUCAAAGGCAUUGAAGAAUGGGAUGUGGGACAACUUGCAAGCAUACUAAGGGGGCAUCUAGAAGAUAAGAGGUAUCUUAUUGUUCUUGAUGAUAUAUGGACCAUCUCAGCCUGGGAAGGUAUUCGAUUUGCUCUUCCUAACUCUACUGGAAGCAGAAUAAUGGUUACCACAAGAAUUAAAACUGUAGUUCAAGCCUGCUGCCUCCAUCAGCAUGACAGAGCAUAUGAAAUAGAACCACUCACAGGUAGUGAAUCUAGCGAGUUAUUUUUUACGAGACUAUUCGGUAAUAGGGAUAACUGCCCAACUGUCUUGGAAGAGAUCUCAGAAAAAAUCUUGGGGAAAUGCGGGGGUAUACCCUUGGCCAUAGUCAGCAUUACAGGUCUUUUGGCUAGCAUGUCCGUGCACAGUUAUGAUCGCUGGGUGAAGAUCUAUAACUCUCUUGGUUUGGAGUUGGAAACCAGCCCCUGGCUUGAAAAACUCAAGAAAAUUCUUGAGCUUAGUUAUAAUGACCUUCCAUACCAUUUGAAAACUUGUUUCUUAUAUUUAAGCACUUACCCUGAGGAUCAUAAAAUCAGAAGGAAAGGUUUAUUGAGACGAUGGAUAGCAGAACGAUUUGUGACUGAGAAGCGUGGAUUAAGUGCCUUAGAUGUGGCCGAAAAUUAUUUCAAUGAAUUCCUCAACAGGAGUAUUGUUCAUCCAGUUGAAAUGAGCUUUGAUGGGAAGGUCAAAACUUUUCGAGUUCAUGAUAUAAUGCUAGAGAUCAUUGUAUCAAAAUCAAUUGAAGAUAAUUUCAUCACUUUGAUAGGUGAACAGCAUACUUUAGCUCCACAAGAGAAGAUUCGGCGGUUAUCCAUUCAUGGUGGAAGUAACAAAAAUAUUGCCACUAGUAAAAUGUUAAGCCAUGUCCGAUCAUUGAGUAUAUUCGCUGAUGGAGAAAUGUUACAGUUUGCUUGGCUGAAACUUCUGAGAAUAUUGGACUUAGAAGGUUGUGGAUUUGUCAGGAAUGAGGAUAUCAAAAAUAUAUGUAGACUGUUUCAGUUGGAAUACCUCAAUCUCAGAAAUACAUAUGUCACUCAACUCCCUGUGCAAAUUGGAAACCUAAAGAAAUUGGGGUCACUGGAUUUAAGGGACACAUGCAUAAAGCAUUUGCCCUCUGACAUUACCAAUCUGCCAAAUUUAUCAAACCUACUUGGAGGGAGAAGAGACUAUAACUACAGUGGUUUGUAUCCUAUUUCUGCAUUUUGGGGAAUGCACAUCCCUAGCAAACUUGGCAAUCUAGAAACACUUACGACCCUUGCACAAAUAGAGAUCACAGACUCUACUUCCUGUUACAUAUCUGAAUUGGAAAAGCUUUCACAGUUGAGGAAGCUGGGAGUAAUGAUGUUUGUCGAUGAUGACAUGAACUGGAUGUCCUUGAUCUCUGCCAUUGCAAAGCUGAGCAGCUGCCUUCAGUCACUACUGAUUUGGCGACCUGAUGGAGUAAUGAAUUUGAAGAUCCUUGAUACACUAUCCAGGCCACCAAUGUUUCUAAAAAGCAUAAACUUCCGUGGUAUGUUGGGACAGCUACCAGAAUGGAUCAGUUCACUUGUGAAUCUCACUGAGUUGACCCUUCGCGCCACUGAAUUGGAAUCUGAGGAGCACCUGAAAGUUCUCAUGCAGUUGCCAAGCCUACUCUUCCUCAGGUUGCAUCACAGUGCAUACACCGGAAGGGAACUCACGGUCUCUGCAUCACAGUUCCCGAGACUCAAACUGCUCGCCGUUCAUCUCGGUGAAUGCCGAAACUUGAACCUGAAGUUCCAGGAAGGUGCUGCACCUAAGCUCCAUAGGCUCGAGCUAUCUCUCUUUGAAUAUGCUUCCCUCGGGCGACCUUCAGGUAUCAAUUUUCUUCCAAGCCUCCAGGAGGUCUUGGUCCAUGCUCAUCGAGACCAUAAUUCAGAAGGUAUGGUGCGUUCCUUGAUGGAUGAAGCUAGCAGGAACCCGAACCAACCCUCUGUCAGUUUCAAGGCAAAACAAUGGAAGCCAACUGGCUCAAGGACAGAUCCACCUAUAGAUCACAGGGGAAACCCCUGGUUUUGAUGAUAGUCACCAUGUACACGUGUGAGCUAUGUGGUGAUCUAGACUCGGAUCAUACAAUGUGUCCGAGCAAAUAUUUGGUAGCUCUUCAUAUAUCAAGUGCCAACAGACAAAUCAUUUCCUUGUAUUUAUUUCCAGUAAUAUGUAUUGUGGAGUACUGUACAGUAAGGAUGUAUUCUUAAAUCGUCUCUUCAUUUCGUUCCAAUAAAUGAAGAGAUUUGUAGUGUGAUUAAGUGGGCUGUGUCUUAGAAUCAAUAUUUGGGAUGGUUUUUGGUUUGGUUGUCAACUCAAAGGAUACAAAUAUGAGUUGGUGGUAACCUUGUGCAGAACAUCUGUACAUCUUGCAAUGCUAUUGUCCCUGAAAAGAAGGUUGCACUUCCAGUUGCAAAUUUGUAAA